AUGGAGAAUCAUGUAGCUAAAGAGUUGGAAGCAAUGCUGAAGGAGACACAACCUUCGCUUACAACCAAAAGCUGCUGCAUCUACAAGGUGCCCCAUGAAAUCCGUCAAUUUAACGAAGAUGCAUACACCCCAGUACUUGUUUCUAUUGGCCCUCUUCAUCACGGGAAUUCCAGACUGGUAACCAUGGAAGGUCACAAACAGGUUUAUUGCCAACACUUGGUUGGAAAAUCGGAGGCAAGUUUGAGUGAUUUGGUGAGUUGCGUGCAACAGUUGGAACCACAAAUCCGUGCAUGUUACUCUGAGAAUAUCGAUCUGACAGCGGAUGAGUUGGUAAAGGUGAUAUUCAUAGACUGUUGUUUCAUAAUUGAGCUUUUCCUCAGAAGUUAUGAGCACAAGACAGAGGAUGAUGAUGUUAUCCUCUCAAAAGUUUGGAAGAAGGUUCGAGUACAAUAUGAUUUGAUAUUACUUGAGAAUCAAGUUCCUUUGUUUGUUCUUGAGAAAAUAUACAAUCUAGCUUUUGCUUCUCGCUUAGAUAGUGGUCGAUUCCCUUCAUUUAUGCGGCUUGCUGCUGACAUAUAUUUUUCACAUUUCAACACACAAGGAGUGUUAUUACCAGCAGCUGGUAGCAGUAUAGCACACUUCACUGAUCUGCUUAGAUACUUCCACUUGCCACCAUCUCAUAGAAUACCUUCAAGGAACUUUAGACCAUUAGUUCUUGAUCACCGUGCAUCUGAGUUAGUUGAAGCAGGAGUGGAGUUCCAAGUAAAUAAAUCAAGUAAUGGCAUACUUGACUUGGAAUUUGAACAUGGUAUUCUUAAAAUCCCACACGUUAUAGUGCAUGAUAGGACUGAAGUUUGGUUGAGGAACAUUGUGGCUUUGGAGCAGUGUCAUUAUCCUCGUCAUCACUACAUCACUGACUACGUUCGCUUCCUUGCUCAACUUGUCAACACAAACAAGGAUGCGGAUGUCCUCAUCAAAGCUCGAAUAAUUCAGAGCAAUGUAAGUGGUCAUGACACUUCAGUGGCUAAGCUAUUCAGAGAUGUUGAUCAGAAUAUUAUAGUGGUGAAUCAUAAUGCCAAUUAUCUCCAAAUUUGCAAUGACUUGAAUGCUUUUUACGAACAUCCCUGCCGCACUAAAAUAGCAACUCUCAGACGCGAUUAUUUCACCACUCCAUGGAAGACAGCAACUUCUAUUGCUGGAAUUCUAUUGCUCCUUCUUACUGUUAUUCAGACUGUAUGUUCCAUUCUCCAGCUUCAUUCUUAA